AUGACCAAGUUUGAUGUUGCUGACUGGCCAUGGUGUUGUGCAACCCCGGCCCCGCCUCUGCUUCCCCCAGAAGAAAAGCUUUGUACACUAGGCUCCCCGGUUCCCCUCUUGAGUCGCAGCUGCGAUGUGGGGCCUUGGGAUGCUCCUCUUCUGGGGGUGCAGCAGUGCACAUGUUGGGCAGUGACCACACUGCCUGCAUCAGGACAUGGGGCGCAGGAUGUGAACGAGUGUUUGGACACCACUGCGUGCCCGACCUAUGCCACCUGCACCAACACCGUGGGCAGCUACUUCUGCACUUGCAAACGAGGCUUCCGGCCCAGUAAUGGGCAGCACAGCUUCAGCAGCCCGGCAGUGAAGUGCGAGGACAUCGACGAGUGUGUGGAAGGCCUAGAUCGCUGUGUCCCUCACUCCAUGUGCACCAACCUCCUGGGGAGAUACAACUGCAGCUGUCUUCCCGGCUUCUCGUCUCCCACUGGGGUGAAAUGGACGCUGGGGAAUCCCGGCGCCUUCACCUGUGCAGAUGUGGACGAGUGUGCGGAUCUCGGAACCUGCCCCCCGCUCACCACCUGCUACAACACCCCCGGGAGCUACAAGUGUGUGUGCUCCCCGGGGCAGAGGCCUGGCAGUGGGCAGCUGAGCCCCCAGGGCUCGGGAGAUGAGUGUGAAGACAUAGAUGAGUGUGCAGAUGGGUGCCCCACAAAUGCAACCUGCACCCACACCCCCAGGGGUCACUUCUGCACCUGCUACGCUGGCUUCACACCAAGCAGUGGACAACAGAACUUCACAGACCGAGAGGUGCAAUGCACAGAUAUUGAUGAAUGCACCCAAGACCCAGCAUUAUGUGGCCCAAAUUCUGUCUGUACCAAUGCCUUGGGAUCUUUUCAUUGUGGCUGCCUCGUGGGCUUCCGGGCCAACCCAGGAGGCUCCCAGGCGCAUGGCAACUUCAGCUGCAAAAGGGUUCCCUUUAAGUGUAGGGAGGACAUGAUUCCUGACAACGAGCAGGUCCAGCGGUGCCAAGCCAGGUCAGGUGUGAAGCCCCAGCAUGUCUCCUUCUGUGCACUCAUGAACGCCACCUUCAGCAUCCUGGAUGAUGCCUGUGAGAAGAAGACCAGCACGGUGUCUCUAAAGGUAACCACAGAGCCUCUGGCAUCCUGCAUUCAUGCUGGAGAUGUCUUAGUGCUCCGGAGGGUGUCGGCCCUGGCCAGCGUGCUCCUGGCCAGCGUGGAGAGCAGCGCCUUGGCUUCCUUGCUGACGCCCUCUGCCAAUGCCAGUCAGACCAUCCAGACAGAGCACAUGGCCAUCGAGAGCAGAGUUAUCAAUGAAGAAUGUAAUGAGGCCAAUGUGUCCAUUCAGUUGAAAGCCAAAGGUGACGGGAUCAAGAUUGGGUGCUCUAUCAUUGAGGAGUCAGGGUCUGCAGGCACCACGGGCGUGGCCUUUGUCUCCUUCGCGCACAUGGAGUCGCUUCUGGACGCCCGCUUCUUCCGAGACCCUCGGGGCGCCGGGGCCGGCGCCGGGAGACCGCUGCGGAUGAGCUCCCGCGUGGUCGGGGCCAUCAUGACCGGGGAGAAGAAGGAGGGCUUCGCGGAGCCCGUCGUCUACACGCUGGAGAACGUGCAGCCAAAGCAGAAGUCUGAGAAGCCCAUCUGUGUUUCCUGGAGCACUGAUGGGGAGGAGGGGAGGUGGACGCCAGCUGGCUGUGUGAUUCUAGAAGCAUCUGAACUGCGCACAGUCUGUAGCUGUCACCAGAUGGCCAACUUGGCCAUCAUCAUGGCUUCUGGGGUGCUCACUAUGGACUUCUCCUUGCACGUCAUCAGCCAUGUGGGCACCGCCCUGUCCCUGGCGUGCCUGGCCCUGGCCAUCGCCACUUUCCUGCUGUGCCGUGCCCUUCGCAACCGCAACACCUACCUCCACCUGCACCUCUGCGUGUGUCUCUUCUUGGCCAAGAGUCUCUUCCUGAUCGGGAUAGACAAGACCAACAACCAGAUGGGAUGCGCCAUAAUCGCAGGGCUUCUGCACUACCUGUUCCUGGCCGCCUUCUCCUGGAUGCUGGUGGAGGCGGUGAUGCUCUUCCUCACGGUCAGGAACUUGAAGGUGGUGAACUACUUCAACUCCCGCGACAUCAGGAUGCUGCACCUCUGUGCCUUUGGCUAUGGCUUCCCGGGCUUGGUGGUCGCGAUCUCUGCCGGCGCCCAGCCACAAGGUUAUGGCAUGCACAAUCGCUGCUGGCUGAACACGGAGACCGGCUUCAUCUGGAGCUUCCUAGGGCCGGUGUGUGUGAUCAUCACGAUCAACACAGUGCUUCUAACGGGUACCCUGUGGAUCCUGAGGCAGAAGCUGACCAGCGUCAAUGCCGAGGUCUCCACGCUCAAAGACACCAGAUUGCUGACCUUCAAAGCCUUUGCCCAAGUCUUCCUCUUGGGCUGCUCUUGGGUUCUGGGCAUUUUCCAGAUCGGGCCCGUGGCCACUGUCAUGGCAUACCUCUUCACCAUCACCAACAGCCUGCAGGGCGCCUUCGUCUUCCUCAUCCACUGCCUCCUCAACCGCCAGGUGCGUGAGGAGUACAGGAGGUGGAUCACCAGGAAGACAGAGCCCGGCUCCCAGUCCCAGACCUCGGCAGUGGUGGUGUCUUUCAUGCCCUCCACAGCCAAGACGGACUAAAGCUCUGCUUUGCGUACUCAGCGAGUCACUCUGGGAAGGUGUCGAGCGCCUGUGGGACU